GCUGCCGCAUUCAGCUCAGCUGCUUGACUGAACUAGCCUAAUGGAAAUGCUUAAUCAAUUACCAGUCAUACCUGUUGAACUGUGUGUUGCAAUAUUUGCCUCAAGGUGAACGCUAACCGACUACUACCGUACACUAGUCCAUCAGACAGUAUUUGUAAUUCAGGGGUAAAGCAGUGAAAAUAAUUUGGGUGACACAUACCGGUACACCAAAGCGUCUAGAAAUUCAGUCGUGGAGAUCUGAAAAAAAAAUGCAGAGAGGCAAGCGUUGGCAGAUUCUCCUGCUUGUAAUUGUGGUCAUCACAGACCACAAUUUAUUCACUGAGGGCCGAUGCCGACGACUCCCCAGGUACACAUUCUAUGACUGCCAACCGCCGUGGCAAAUGUUUGGAUACAACUGCUACUGGUACGUGGCUGUGACAAAGAACUACAACUCUGCCGAGCAACACUGCCAGACCAACUCCCAGCCGGGCAGACUGGCCCACCUGGCGUCCGUACUCAGUGACGAAGAGAACCAGUUCAUCAACAACUUGACUGGAGGGGCGAGCGCCUGGAUUGGAUUCAACGACAAGGCCGCGGAAGGAGUCUACACCUGGUUGGAUGGAAGUCCCGUUGAUUACACCAACUGGAAGCCUGGCUGUCCUGUGGGUGAUCGCUAUGGGAAUCAGGACUGCAUGCAAUUGUUUGGAGGGCCUCAAUGGAAGGAUUACUUCUGCGGGAAUACACUGAAAUCCGUCUGUAAGAUGCCCAGAUAUGCUUUGGCCUAAACCACCUUGACUACUUU